CACCAUUCAUCCCCUCGCGCCUCUUUUGCCAUACAUCAUUCAUCAUACACUCAACCACUCACUCCUCCCCUUCCACCCACACUAUACCAUCUACUUUUUUUGUAAUCAAGACAUCUCUGCUAUUUGUGAACUUGUGUUAUGAUCACUUGGUGGUUUGAUCGUCAAUUCGAUUCUUGCGGAGCAACAACGUCUUCCCGUUUCUAAAAAACUGACCAAGAAAAAAAGCCAUGUCCGGUAUCCCGGGACUCUCGACCGGGUCUCCGACACCUCGUCGUGCGCCAGCAUCCCUUAAUGUUCCCAAGGAGGAGAACAUUAAGUUUGGCAAAGAGGAUUCCUCUACUGCCAAUGAGACGGAUGGCCCUGUAUCCCAGAAGAAACCGGUCUCCGCCCUCUCGACCUCUUCUUUGGUCAACCAAAGCUGUCCUAAGAUGAAGCUUAGUCACGAGUCUUCGGGAACUCCUAGUUCUCCCGACCCGAAUCCUAUGGACCACCUGUUGGAGAAACUCUCUCACCAGCAAAGCGUCCUUCAUAAGCAAGGCGAUAGCCUAAAGACUGCCGAAGCCAAGAACGCGUACCCCUCUACUCUUGAGCAUGCUUCCACCAGCAUCUCGGUUCCCAUUACCCCGGCUACUGAGAUCUUCGGUACCACAGCGCCGACCACUCGUCCGGCUAGUGCAGCCAUGGGCGGUGGAAGCAUGAACACCGAGGAGGUUCUUCGUUUGAAGCUGGAGCUCGCCCAGGCUCGAAACAAGAUCAAUCGACUUGAUCACGAGCUGUUUCAGACUCGUCAGGUCCAGCCUACACCUGAGCCCGUUGUGGAUAGCUCCAUGGCGAGUUCUCCGGUCGAGGUUGAGUUUCCCCCUGGACUCCCGGCGGCUUCGAACCCGUCACGAAUUCUCGGCCCUGCGGAUCUGAAAGUUGGUAGUCAGCAGUCUAUUGGCAGAGAUGGUGGCCAUCCCUGGACUACCUUUGACGAUUCUCGAUCGGAUACUAGCGAUGCAUUGUCAGCCACAGGAUUCAACCGUACUCGUAACAUUUGGGGUCCAAGCAAGAAUGGUCAGGGUUCUUUCCAAGGUGGCUUUUCGGGAACUAGCCAGGCUCACAACAACCAAUGGGUUGGACGUGGUGCAAAUCAAGGAUUUGUUGAUCAGACCUUAGCAUAUGAGCCUUCCGUGUCCGGUAGUUACCACGGAGAUCGCUUGACGCCAGAUUAUGACAUGACUGUUCGUCCCUCUGGCAACCGACGAAACAACCGAUACGAUAGUCGCCUUGCGAUGACGUCCUUUCCGUCGACUUCGGGAUUCGGUGAUGGUUAUAAUUACAACAAUGGUCGAUUCGCAUCCGACAAUGCUAUGGUCGGACCUGCUAUUAAUCCAUCGGGAUCGUUUUUCUCUAGCACACCACUAUCUCCCCUGGCAAGUGAAUUCACUUCCGCUUCAAGUGGUGCGCCUUGGAAGUCAGAGUCCGCGACCUCCGAAGGUCAGACGUAUCUUCCCACGACGGAGCCCCUGAACUAUCGCCGCUUGCUCGACCGUAACGUCAAUUGCAACUGGAAGUAUAUCGUUGACAAGAUCGUUUGCAACAACGACCAGCAAGCUUCGAUUUUCCUGCAGCAGAAGCUCAAGGUUGGCACUCCGGACCAGAAGUACGAGAUUGUAGAAGCAAUUGUUGCCCAGGCCUAUCCUUUGAUGGUCAACCGCUUCGGCAACUUCCUCGUACAACGAUGCUUCGAGCACGGAACUCCGGAACAGGUGAUCAAGAUCGCCGAGGCUAUCAGGGGAUGCACACUCAACCUAUCGAUGGACCCAUUUGGCUGCCAUGUAGUUCAGAAGGCUUUCGAUUCCGUUCCGGAAGAUUACAAGGCUAUUAUGGUCCACGAGCUCCUUCGACGUAUCCCCGAGACAGUCAUCCACCGAUACGCGUGCCAUGUUUGGCAGAAGCUCUUUGAGUUGCGAUGGACUGAGUCGCCGCCUCAGAUUAUGAAAUACGUCAAUGAUGCCCUCCAUGGUAUGUGGCACGAGGUUGCUCUUGGAGAGACAGGAAGUCUAGUUGUCCAGAACAUCUUUGAGAAUUGCCUUGAAGAGGACAAGCGUCCUUGCAUUGAGGAGGUCCUCGCCAACAUUGACAUUAUUGCUCAUGGCCAGUUCGGUAAUUGGUGUAUCCAACACAUCUGCGAGCAUGGCGCGCCGGCCGACCGAAGCAGGGCGAUCGAUCACGUCAUUCGCUACGCAGCAGAGUACAGCAUGGAUCAGUAUGCUUCCAAGGUGGUUGAGAAGUGUUUGAAGAUUGGUAGUGCUGAGUUCUUGUCUCGUUAUCUCGACCGAGUCUGUGAGGGUCGUGUUGAUCGUCCCAGAAUUCCCCUCAUCGACAUUGCCAGCGACCAGUACGGCAACUAUUUGAUCCAAUGGAUCCUGACUCACGCCUCCCCUCAACACCGUGAGAUCGUUGCCGCACACAUCAGAAAGCAUAUGGUGUCUCUCCGCGGAUCCAAGUUUGGAUCGCGUGUCGGAAUGUUGUGUACCAACCCUGCCGUUGCCACUCGACCUGGUCCCGGCGUGGGUGGUGGCCUGGGACGUAUGCCCGCAGGUCCCCGUUACAAUAGCCGUGCUUACCAAUAAUUGCACUUGCUAUUUGGGCUUUACAACCGACUUGGGCGGUUCUUUCACAACGAAGAUAAUGUUAUGUUUUUUCGGGGCGUGCCUUUUCGGCAGGUCAUAAUGCAUUUCUGAUUUCCUUUCCCGCGUUUACGUUUGUUUUUCGCUCUUUUCUUUUCCUAUAAUCUGCCUCUCGACACUCGGAGACUAUCGAUGAAUUUCAUUCCGGUUCUCGGACGGACCGAUUUACGCAUGGCAAGUCUCACAGAAAGAAAGCAUCAUCUCGAGCAGAAGAUUUACAAAAAUCAUACCUCUAUGACAUCCUACACCCGGUAGGCUACUGCCCGGCCUGGGUGCCUUGGACACAUCAUGGUUAUGGAUUUUGCGAUAUGAGAUCAAGAUAUUUUUAUC